UUUUUCCGGCUUGGAGGAGCCUCGUUAAAGACGGCAAUAAUAUUCCACCCUCUAAUUGCUCAUUCCGCGGAGAAGGCUACGGAUGUUAGGCUGGGAUAGACGGAGGGAGGGGCGGGGGGGUUGCCGUGGAGAUGGAAGACUCUGAUAACCCCCCGUGUGCGCGGCACUGGUGGUGAAAGCCUCUCGCUACGUACUGGCUAAUGAUUGGCACGCUUGACAGUGAUUGGCAGCGCUGCCAUGGCAACGGCGCAGCGACACCAAGAAGACCAAUAGAAAAGGGAAACAAAAUGUUUCAAUGCUACACUCAACGGCGGAUUUAGGGGGGAGAUAUUAUGAGGCUGGUGUCAUUAGGCGAUAGCCAUUGAAUCAUUCGAUCUCCUUUUUUUUUCGAGCAACUUCGCCGUGGCUCUCGUCGGGCGAUUCGCCCCCUCUUUUUUCUCCAUAAUUUUGGUUCGUCUCUCAGGUCAUUUCCAUGGUUUUCCGAUCGCCUUUAGAGCUUUAUCCCUCCCAUUUCUUCCUGCCAAACUUCGCUGAUCGCCCCCUGCUCUUGGCGAACAGCGCGCCCGCUGCCCGGUCCCCGGAAGACUUGUCCAUGUUCCAGCUACCCACCCUCAACUUCUCCCCGGAGCAGGUGGCGAGCGUCUGCGAGACGCUGGAGGAGACCGGGGACAUCGAGCGGCUGGGUCGCUUCCUCUGGUCCCUGCCCGUGGCCCCCGGAGCGUGCGAGGCCAUCAACAAGCAUGAGUCCAUCCUGCGCGCCCGGGCCGUGGUGGCCUUCCACACGGGCAACUUCAGGGACCUCUACCACAUCCUGGAGAACCACAAGUUCACCAAGGACUCGCACGGCAAGCUGCAAGCCAUGUGGCUGGAGGCGCACUACCAGGAGGCCGAGAAACUCCGCGGACGCCCUCUGGGUCCCGUGGACAAGUACCGGGUGAGGAAGAAGUUCCCGCUUCCUCGGACCAUCUGGGACGGCGAGCAGAAGACGCACUGUUUCAAGGAGCGGACGCGGAGCCUGCUCAGGGAGUGGUACCUGCAGGACCCCUAUCCGAAUCCCAGCAAGAAAAGGGAACUGGCUCAAGCCACUGGACUCACUCCCACACAGGUCGGCAACUGGUUUAAGAACCGGAGGCAACGAGACAGAGCCGCGGCGGCCAAGAACAGGCUCCAGCACCAAGCAAUAGGACCCGCCGGCAUGAGGUCCCUCUCGGAGGCCGGCCUCACCCCUCACAGCUCGGCGGAGUCGCCCUCCACCGCGGCCAGUCCCACCACCAGCGUGUCCAGUAUGACGGAGCGAGUCGACACCGGAACCUCCAUUCUGUCCGUCACCUCCAGUGACUCGGAGUGCGACGUAUGAUACGCAAAAACAACACAAAAACACACAAAAAACACAUAAGAAAAAAGAGAAAUAUUUACAGGGAAAACGGACCUGAGAGGAAAAAAAAGACUUAUGAAAUAUCGACGAUGGGGGGGAAAGGACCGAUUGAUAUAAAUAUUGAAUAAAAAGAGAUAAAGCACGUUUUUUUUUUAUUAAAAGCGCUUUCAGAAAGGACACACGCCUCCUCAUCAAAGUCCCCCACUAGACUACUUGCAUGAAUAUUUUGAUUUUCUUCUUCAUUUUGCAUCCAAAGUGCAAGAUGAUCCUCCAUCAGAAGCAUCCAUCAGAGGGAAUUUAACAUUUUCACCUUUUUUUGUGAUGAUGAUGAUGUUGCUGAAGCAGCCGUCACGCAGACAAGAUGCAAUCCCGUUUUUCCCCUUUUUUUUUGUUGUUUUUGUGUUCAUCAGACAAUCAUUUCAAGUCGUAUAUAAGCACCUUUUUGUUUUUGUUUUUUAAAGAAAAAAAAUAUCCUGUCACUGCCUUUGUGGGGUCAAAAUAUGUUGAUGACUGUAUCAGAUUUUUAUUUUUUAUUUUCAAAAUUUUAUAUGGAAUGAUGUAUAUAAUAUGUCGAAAAUAACGCCAUCAUUCUCCCGCUGUGUAAUAUACGUGUAGAAAUAUGCUUGUACAUAAUUAUUGCCCCCGCCACCCACCUUGCCCUUCUUGUUCUUCCUCUCGUCUCAUUCUCUUUUCUAUCCCCCUUUCCUUCACUUUUCUUGGUGUUCCUACAUAAAAUAUUUGUUGAAAACUUAAACCACUUCAGUGCUGAGGGCCCGUUUGUUGUUGUUGCAUAUCACAAUAGUUACCCCUAAAAAUAUUUACCCUAUAAUAGUGUUUUUUUUUAAAUAAUGAAAUAUAAAAUGUAAAUGAAAUGUUUCCCCAUCCGCUUAGAGCUGCAUGAUAAGUGGCUAAACACAUGUUCAUAUUGGAUCAUUAUUGGAUUGUGGGGGCAUUAACGCUCAUCUCUGGCUUAAGGCUGCAAGCACCAUGCAGGUUACACUGUCAACUCACCUAAAAAACCUCCUCUUCUCCUCCUCUCCUCUUUUUCUGGAGCUGGAAACACACAAGAACAAAAAAGACUUAAUUCUUAUUUGCGUCUGUGUUCAUUGAAAUAGGUACAUUCCCAACACAUGUGACCUAUGCUGCACACAUUCGGACCAACGACCGUGCACUUAAAAAUGCUGAGUGCCAUUUCCCCCUUUUGUUUACGCUUGCUGGUGAAUGCAGAAAUUAAGUAAACGCGCCAUUAAAUGGCCUAAUCGCGAUGGGACUCCUCCCCUGGCCCAAUCUGCCAUUGUGGCCCUCUCAAAAGAGCUUUUCUUCCCGGGACGACAAGCAUUUCCCCCCCUCUUUGCUCCUCAGAAAAAGAGGGGGGAUUUCUCCCCUGCAAGUCUCUUUUUUUUGCGGCUAAAUCUCCAAGCAAUCACACUACAGUUUGUUACAGGACACUUGCAGCAUUUUUGUGUGUGUGGGGGGGUGUUUUUGAAGGCUGUCCCAAAAGCAAAAAUGGUGUUAAACACACACUAGGAAAAGUCUACCUGGCAACUGUACUCUUUGGGGGCCAGAAUAAUGAAAAUGAAAUAUUAACUAUGAGAUGCAUAAGGAGGAGACAGCAUAUUUUAAUGGAAAAAAUAGGACCUAUUUUCACUAAACGUUAUUUCUAACUAACAGUAUUUAGUUGGACAAAAACAUAUAUGCUAAGCGAGUAUCGAAGACAUUCAAAUGACCACUGACGUCGAUUAUCAUUACUGAAAUGAUUAAAAUCGAAAUAUCUUUUUGAGUACUAUACACACAAGUUAUUCAAGUCUGAAGCUCUCAAAUAAAAAUUAUUCAAAAUAAAAAUAUUAAUAAUAAAAUAUUAUUUAAUAAUAUUAUUUACUCAAUAAUAUUUCCCAAAUACAGUACAGGCAACUUUUUUUUAUCAUUAGAGAUUGUUAUUAGGAGUGAUGAACCACUCGUGAAUAAAAAAUAAGCAUUAAGGGUGCCUCACUUGUUCAUUAGUCCACUUUUAAAUAUUUAACUGAGCUUUGUGGAGUGAAAUAUGGUCAUAAAAGUAUCUUAAUUAGGAUUUAGUGAUGUUUUAAAAGUGUUAAAAUGUGUUAAAUAUGUUUCUGUUGACCAAUGAAGGCAUCAUGGAGGUUUUGGGCGUGUCACUCCAAACAUACGUCUAAAAGUGUAUGCGUGUGUGUGCUCGUCUCUGUAUGGGGUCAUGAACAGUGUGUGUGUGUGUAUGUGUGUGUGUGUGUGGGGUGGGGGGGGGGGGCAAGGUAGGGUGGGGGUCGUGUUCGUGAUCUGUCAAGUCAAAUAUGGAUCAGCACACAAAAGAACUUAGCGAGGAGUAAUCUGUGUGUGUGAUACUUACACGAGAGUCAACGACAAGAAUGUGAGACAAUCGGGGUGUCGAACAUUACACUACUACUAGUAUGACAUAUUUAAUCUCUUUUUCACCUUAAGGCAUCUUUUAUCUUUUAUUACUCCUUAUAUUGUUUUAAUAGUCUUUGAUGAAUGAGCUGUAGGCAAAGUUCAUGUAUGGCAAACUAUUAUUAUCUUGCAUAUUCAAGUUCUACAGUUUCUUUCAGUUCUUUGACUCUUUAUAUUGAUUGAAGUGUCUUUGUAACAUUAUUUAUAAUUCCUUUACAUAAAUAUCCCAAAGUUAAUGUAUAGGGGAAGGUACUACACUAAUACUUGCUAAAAAGUUUACAGUUUAACAAGUUACACAAAAUACCUAUUAAUGUUUUACUCCUCAUACUGAUUAAAGUGGCAUUGAUGCAUGAGCUAUAAACAGUAUAAUCCCAAGUAUGGGAACUACUAUAGUAUAUAUUAAAUAAAUUGAAAAAAGGUAGUGAUUUUGGUACACAAGCCUUCUUACAUAACUUUUACUCCUUGUAUUGAUGUAUGUUAAUACACAAAUUCGAAUUCCUUUACAUAAAUAUCCUACAGUUAAUGGACGAGAACCUACUAUUUUAAUGUAUAACAGUUUUUUCUAAACGUUUCAUGUUUUUUUUUUUUUACACAAAAGCCUCCUCAUAUUGAUUUACAAUAAGUAUCUUUGAUAAAUGAUGAAAAAAAAUUCUACAUACCCAUCCCAAAGGGGGUUAUGUAGAGAAGGCAGGAGGUGGUUGGAAUCUGAUGGUGAUAAAAACUCGCCCUGCCCUUGUUUUUUCUCGGAUUUCACCGCUUAACUGCACAGAAGUUUGCCCAUUGGUGUGUAUUCAUGCAGCAGCAGCAGCAUCAGCUCCUGGUCAGUGCAAAUAAUGACACUGAUGGACCUACAUAUCUUCCUUAAUGCUCAAUAUGAGCCUUUUUUGGUUUCUGCUUGACAGCUGGGGAUAUUUUUCUCCCUCACAUGAGAGUGUGCAUUACUUAUUAUGCAUUAUUGCUCAUAGGACAUAACAUUAGGUAGCCCUAAGUAGCCCCACUCCAGUGUAAACAAAAGCAUUUAUUGUAGGCAUGUACGAUAAUAAUGGGUACCGAAAAAGUACAAUAUCGGUUGAUAUUGGUAUUGCAAUCAUAAAAACCGAUGCUGUAUACAACACAUAUGUGUUCAUUCCACCACAGGAGAUACGUCCUGUUACACAUAUCGGUAUCGGAAAUUGAGAGUUGGAUAAUAUUGACAUAUUUGGCAAAAAAGCCAAUAUCGGAUAUCCCUAAUUUAUUGUGUUAAUGGUAAUGAUGCGUUUUUUUUAUUGACACCAUCUAUCUGUCCUUUUGACUCAUUUGUGAGAGGCUUCCACCCAAAUAUUUGGGACAACUCUCAGUAGGAUGCAGUGCAAAUCUGCACGAUAAUAAGAAGGCAGAUUUUGUAUGCGGAUGGUAUUAAACAUUGCAUAAGUUAACAUCUCUGCUUGUAUUGGGAUGGGCAUAUUUGUACUAUAUGUGGAGAAAUAGUGCAAAAUCAUUAACUUGGAUAAAACUAUGAUAUCAUUUUGGCAUUCACAUGGCAUAAAAACAUUAAAUAUCUCAUAUUAUUAAAAAUUGACUUGUUUGUGCAUUCACAUUCAAUUAUUUUAAUAUAUAAGUAACAAAACUACAUUAAAAACUUGUAAACAUUUGUCACCGAUUCAUGAUUACUGCGGAGUUUAUACUGUAUUGGCUGGGGUAGGGGGGGUUAUAGCAUGAAUAAACGACCCCCUUGGGGGCUGGUGUAGCUAAUCAAGUGUCCAGUAAGUGUCUAGUGUGUACUACAAUAACACAACAAACAUAUUUAUAUAAAUAUGUCAUAUGAUGCCAUGUGGGAGUCAACUUGGCAAGUUACAACAUUACACACCAUGCACUUGCUAAUUGUUUCUCUGUUCAAUGGUUGCUGAGGGGUUAAAGGGCAGAGAUGUAUAGUGGUGGUGUGUGUGUGUGUGUGUGUGUGUUAUGCAAUAGUCUAGAAUGCCUAUUAGCGUGCACCGCUAUAGCACCAGGCUCACCUUUUUAAAACAAGCACAACAUGAAAGCAACCCAGCUCUGGCUUAUACUCCAGUGA